CUGUUUAUUUGACUUAAAUUUCAAAAGACGACAGAUGAAAUAAUGUAGAAAAGGCUGCAAGCAAUUUUCCUGAGGCAGAGACAGUAUGCACACUUUAAGAAAGGAACAUAGCUCUGGAUUAAAAAAUAUUAUAAUUACUUUGUUAUUCCCCCUAUAUAUCUGGAUAGGGAAAUAAAUUCAAGACCGCCUUUCAAACAGACGUACAAAGCAUUUAGGCCAUUCUAAAUCACUUCUGGAUUCAAUCAGACACACAUUCAACUGCACCAUGUCAAGAAGUUUGACAGCUGUAUAUUUCGGUUUGAUCUUGUUGUCACUGCAAAAUGUAGCCGAACAACUAAGCUUUCAUCCAGACAAUGAUGUGCUUUCAAAACUUGCUGUCUUUGAGGAGUACUUUUUUAUUGGAGGAGGGAAGAAUUUGUAUAAAUUGAACGCUACCUUAGAACAUGAAGAAACUAUACAAACGUGUACGUCAAACUGUACAAACAGUGUAAACCAGUUACUUCUGAUAAACGAGAACAAAAGAAAAGUUGUUAUCUGUGGCACUGGGAAUGAUGGACUUUGUAGCCAGCUAGAUCUGUAUAAAUUAGGAGGAGAACAUAAAACUGGCAGUUUGAAAGUACCUGUAGAUCCUCGUUUUCCAGCAGUUGGUCUUGUCACUGAAGAUCACAAAGAAUUGAUGGUGGCUCGCUCAGUUUGUGCCAAUGACACCUUUUUAAAGGAAACGAAUAUCAAAGUUAUUGCCAGUUGGAAUUUUGAAGAAAUGAAAAUACCAGAUGGUUUAGGAGAGCCAGGUUCAAAGAAGUUUUUAAAACUCAAGACAUCUCCAUCAAGUGAUCCCCUAUUUUGCAUAAAGUAUCUUCAAGUUUUAGAACAUAGCAAUUUUUCCUACUUUUUUACCAAUCAAAAUAAGUAUUUUCACACCCAAGAUAAAGUUUCGAAGGUAGCAAGAAUUUGUCAGAAGGAUGCAUCCUACCAGACAUAUAUAGAUGCAGAAAUCACUUGUCAAGUUGGACACGAUAGUUAUAAUAUUUUGACUGAUGCUGUGCUUGUAAAUGAUAAAGUGUUUGCAUCAUUUUCAAAGUCAAAUGGACGCAAAAGUAUUAUUUGCUUUAAAGACAUACGACAAUUAAAAUCUUCUUUAGAUGGUGAAAAGCUGGAUUUUAUUAAUGGGAGAUGUGUUUUAGAUAUUAAUCUAAGUUAUCUAGAUUAUGACAACAAAUAUCAAGAAUGCUCUAAUCCACAAAAUUUGACAAAAAUUGCUUUCCAAGAAUUCACAUGUGAUGCUGAUAUUGGUGAUAUCACUGAUUUUUACCAACGUGUGAUUGGAAAAAGAACAAUACCAUUUAAAAACAGUUCUCACAUCAUUGAUGGAUAUAUUACCAAAUUGUUUACAACAACUGUCAAUCAAAAAACAAUUAUUCUAGCUGGUACGGAUUCAGGACACGUGAUUCAGUUUUCUAUCUUAGAAGAUGACUCGCUGCACAAAUACGAUACAAGUAGUGUACCUGUACGGACCAGCAGAGAAGAUAAUCAAAUAUAUGACCUCUACCACUUCCCCGAUGGAAAUGCAUUAUAUGCAUUAACAAAAUCCAAGAUUUCCAAAAUAAAUGCAAGGUCUUGCUCUGAGACUGGCGUAUCGGUAUGCAUACACUCUGAAACAAUGAAGUUGAAAGACCCUCACUGUGGUUGGUGUGUUUUCAAACACAAGCUCUCAGAAAUGUCUAUAUGCAAUGACACAUGGAUUUCAUCUGUUGAUGGGUGCAUAACACUAUCUAUAAGCCCACAGGGAGUAAAAGUUGGGGAAAGCACUGCUAGCAUUUCAAUUAACCCUGACAAGCUCCCAAUUGCAAAUUAUACCUGUGCAAUUUAUGACAAAAAUGCGACAGCUAGAAGCAACGGCUCUUCCCUGACCUGUUCCGUUGAUGUGUCAGAAAUUUCAGCAAAUCAUCGUUACACGACAUUUGGACUGUACGAAAAAACUAAAAAUGUUCUUGUUGCUGAAACACCUUUUCUAUUCUUCAAUUGUUCAGUGUACAGCAAGUGUGGUCAAUGUGUUAAAAAAGCUGGAGCUCAAUGUUCGUGGUGUCCAGUACAAGGUGUUUGUGUUGACGAGGAGGGAAAUUGCACAAACAGUGGAGACCCAAGGAUGAAUUGGCAGGUUAAUCAGACCGAUGGUUGUCCACGAUUGAAGAACAACAAUGAGCAUUUAUACAUUCAUAAUGGGCAAAAAGAAACUGUACAUAUUAAGGUGGAAAACCUUGAUAAUACGAACCAUCUACAGGGGAUACUUGUUGAGUUUUCUAACAACAAUGAGACCUGUAAUUAUACUGAUGAUCAGAUUUCCUGCAGUUUGAACUAUGAGGGAACAGAAGUGGUUCAGAAGAAAAAUCAAGUUACAAUAAGGUUGUUUUAUCUGUAUGAAAAUUCAACUAGUGAAUUUGAAGAUGACUUUAAUAAUACAGUUACUGUCUAUGAUUGUGGUGAGCUUGGCAAAAGAGGCUGCAACUUUUGUAAAGCGCUAUCUUGUCGUCACUUUAAAUGUCAUUGGAACAAUUCUACAAAAUCUUGUGCAUUCACAAGUUCAUGUGGUUGUGCAAGGAAUAACACUAGUCGAAACAAAUGUAAUUCAGACUGUCCAGAUCCAAACAUAACAGAGAUAUCUCCAGACGACGGCCCAUUAACUGGAUUUGUCAGUGUGACUGUCAUUGGUAAUGAACUGGGAGUAAAUACUCAAAAUCUCACUGAAAUUUCAAUAUGCGGUAAAAAAAGCGACGAAAGGACACUUCAAGUUUGGGAUGACUCUGAAGACAAAUCUGAUUUUGAUUUGAAAGUUCGAACUGGUUUUAUUUACUAUGCCAAUACCAAAGGGACAGAUUCCAAUCAAUUAUGGUUUAAUCUUGGAGGUCAUUAUUAUAAGUUGCCUGUUGCUUUCAAACUCAAGAACUCAAUUUUGACAGAUUUUUCCCCAAAAUCAGGCCUCGAAGCCGGUGGCACAAGAGUUACACUUUAUGGUUCAGACCUAGGUAUUGGAAACCAAGUGGUAGAAAAGAUAUCUAUAGGGACAGGUGGUUAAGUACAACCAAUAGGAACAACUCCUGAGAGUUAUACUAUUGAGUUCUCAACUAAAAGGCAUGACGCUGAUGAGGUUUUCUUUACAUUUACCUUAAAUGGAGUCACUUUCAACCCAAAUUCGCCGUUUACUUAUCUUAAAGACCCAGACAUUGUGGGAAUAAAACCAGC